GGGACGGCAGCGCACGCAGGUGCGGCCGGGCGCGCUAAAGCGCGGAGCAGCCGCGGCCGGGAGCGCCCCGGGGGCCCGGGGCUGCCGCCCACCGGCGCCGGCCCUAGUCCUGUGGGGGCGCGGGCUGCGGCCCCCCCGGCCGCCCCCGGGCCCGGCCUGGGCUCGGCUGUCUCCUGGCUGCGGCGCCCCCGGGGCCGCGGCGUGCGCAGCGGCGGCGCGCGGCGCCCCAGAGCCGCCCCAGAGCCGCCCCAGAGCCGCCCCGCCGGCGCUUCCUGCCGCCGCGCCGCGCCCGCUAUAAAUAGCCGCCCGGAGCAACAUGCCACGGCCGCCGCAGCGGCUGCAGUGCCGCCGGGAGCUGCCGUCCCCCGCCGCGGCGGAGCGCGCCCGCAGCGCGUUGGUUGUCCGACUAUGUCUGUGUAUUGCCAUCCUCUGAAGGGAGCUGUGUGUCAGAGUAAAGCCCCGUGGCAGCUGAGCCCGACAACUGCGCAGCGCUGCCUGCCCGGGCGGCUCUGCUCGCGACGGCUGCCGCGGAAGCCAGGCACGUGCCAGUGCUUUGAGAUGCGUCGCAGAGAUAAGGAACUGUCCAACCGCCAUUUCUGAGCAAGGCAUGACUUUAUGCCCUAGGAAGUGAGGACAGAGGCAAAAAAAUCCCUGUGAAGCAGGAUUCUCUCUGACAGUGUCCAACAGCAAAAUGGCAGGAAUGUGCAACCUGGGAAAUGUUACUGCAAGAUAAUUAACCUGAGCACGAGUAUUCUGGGCUGAGCUUGCCAGGCCUUGUAUUCCGUCCAGGCAUCUCUCCUGCUAGUUGAGAGGUUUCUUGGCAAGGUCGCGAGGAGCUCAGCCGCCCACCAUGCCGGUGCCUCCCCCGCCGGCUCCCCCGCCGCCCCCAACCCUGGCCUUGGCAAAUACUGAAAAGCCAUCCCUAAGCAGGUCAGAGCAAGCAGGGAGAAAUGCUCUAUUAUCUGAUAUCACCAAAGGAAAAAAGCUAAAGAAGACUGUUACUAAUGACAGAAGUGCUCCAAUUCUGGACAAACCCAAAGGACCUGGUGGAGGUGGUGGUGGCUUUGGAGGAGGCGGCGGCGGCAGCAGUGGCGGCGGCGGGGGCUUUGGUGGUGGUGGUGGUGGCAGCGGUGGUGGUGGCUUCGGUGGAGGUGGACCACCUGGCCUUGGAGGCCUUUUUCAAGCAGGAAUGCCAAAGCUCAGAUCUGCUGCCAGUCGAGAUGCUGAUGCCGGGGGAAGCAGGCCGCCAGUGCUCCCGCCCGGAGGCAGGUCAGCAGCUGCCAAGCCUUUUUCUCCUCCGAGUGGGCCAGCCCGAUUCCCGGGACCACCUUCCGGACAGAGGAGCGCUGCCGCUGAGCCGCAGAGGAACCGCCUGCCGCCCCCCAGACCCGACUUCGGCUCCAAGCCCGACGGCGGGCCCCCGCCGGUGCCGAAUACGCCGCGACCCGUCGCAUCCAGCCUGCACAACCGCGGGUCCCCCCCGGUGCCAGGGCUGAGCAGGCAGCCCAGCAUCGGGCCCACGCCUCCGCCUUUCCCGGGCAGCAGGAAUGCCGCGUUCGGAGGCUCCGUCCGCCAGUCCAGCCCGAGCUCCUCGUCUCCCUUCUCCAACAGACCUCCGCUGCCACCCACGCCGGGCCGGCCGGCCGACGACAAGCCGCCGCCGCCGCCGCCGCCCCCCGCCGGGCACCGGUCCCCCGGCGGCGGCCGGGACGCGGGGCUGCCGCCGCCGCCACCACAGAACAGCAAACCGCCGGUGCCCGCCUCGCCGCGGCCGCCCCUCGGCGCCCCGGCGCCCCCGCCGCCCCCCAGCCGCCCGGGGCCACCGCCCGUCCCGCCGGUGCCCGGCGGCAGCGACGAGAUGCCGCGGCUGCCGCAGCGCAACGCGUCGCUGGGCGCCGCGGGGCCCGGCCUGGCAUCGGCGGGGGGCCGAGCGGGACCGCUGCCGCCACCACCACCGCCCGCCGAGCGCCCGCCGCCGCCCGUGCGCGACCCGCCGGGCCGAGCAGGCCCCCUGCCGCCGCCGCCGCCGCUGAGCAGGAACGGCAGCACGUCGAGAGCCCUGCCGGCUACUCCGCAGCUGCCCUCCCGGGCCGGCCUGGAAAACCAGAGAGGAGGGCCGAGGCCACCGCUGCCUCCGGACCGGCCAGGCACCGGAGCGCCGCCGCCACCGCCGCCGCCUGCACCCGCCAUCAGGAACGGCUUCCAGGAGUCGUGUGAUGAUGAGUGGGAAAGCAGAUUUUCUUUCCAUCCUAUAUCUGACUUGCCACCUCCAGAGCCAUAUGUACCUGUGAACAAAAGUUAUCCAAGUAAACUAGCAAGAAAUGAAAGCAGAGGUGGCUCUGGCCGAAAAGAAAGAGGUGCUCCCCCUCUUCCACCUAUACCAAGGUGAAAUGGGUCCCGGCCCAUCCCUGGACAACUUCUGUUUUAAAGUUUCCUUCAAGUCAGUUCUCCUGUCCACAUCAUCGGAAAGUAGUCUGUCUUGCUUUAUUUCUACUUUUGGCUUGUCAGCUGGAAUAAACUUCAGUCUCUGUUACAGAAGUAAUAGAUGCAGCUUAUGAACUAUAGUUGCUUAAAGCUAUCAAUUUUAUUUGCUUAUAUUGCAGGCUGUCAUGAAAAGCAUUUGGUGGCCCAUAUACAACAUACAUAUGUCAUGCAUAUGGGGUCCAGCCCUGUACCCUUGAGUCCAAUAGGAGAUCCGUCUUUGAAUUUAGUGAUAGCUGGAACAAAGCUGUCUCAUUAAUUUGGGGUACAGUGGCUGUAUUAUUUGAAUGACAAAGUACAAUCUAUUUUCUCUUUAAAAAACAAUUACCAGAGAAUAUUGCAUAGCCAAGAGUCCCGUGGAUCCUUCUUUGUGUGCUUAACUUGGCCCAAGUGCUUCUGCAAGCCACUGUCCUACUACGUGGUGACCAAGACUUCAGUCUACAUCUUUGCACCUCAGCUUAGCCUAGCUAACCAUGUUUCAAACCAUCGAUGGCUCAUCCUGCCCCAAGGAUGGAGUGUGACUGGCCUUGCUUUUAUCUGCGGAGGAUCUUCCAAAGAGAAGCACAAAUUAAGAAUUCAGUGGCAUAAAAAUAUCUUCUCUAUCCGUCCCACCUUGUUUUGUAAUAGCUUUAUGCUUUUAGUCACCUAAUUCUUUCCUACUUUGAUGUGGACCAACCCACAGCCAUCCAUGGCCUGGAUUACUGUAAUGCUCUCUACAUGAGACUACAAGCAAAGUUUCCUCAGAAGCAGUCUUAGUGCAAAUGCAGCAAUUAUUGUAGUUACAAGCUCUUUCUGUGAAGCAUCAUGAGCAUCAGUGCUCUGCAGAUUACAUAAGCUCUCCAGUUGUUUCUUUGGUACAAUUAAAUCAUGGGAUUUUUUUACUUAAAAAGCUUCUUGGGGCUUAGCUCACAAUUCUCAGAGAGACUGUAGUUGACUUAUGUUAUAACAGAGCAGCUGAGGUCAAAAAAUGUGCAUAAAUGAAAGCCCUUUGAUUUAGUGAAGGAGGUCCAGGGUUAGUGUAUUCUAAUGGAAGCAUCAGCUCCAAAAUUUGCUGUCUUCACUCAUUCAAGAGAAAUGGAAAGAUUUGGCCUUCUGAGUUUGCCAUGAAGCCUGUCCUUUCAACUUGUGCUGAAAGGAAUCUCAGCAGAGAGCUGCCAGCCUUGUGUUAAUAGAAGAAAAAGUAAAGUAUUCUCACAUUGUGACAGUCAGUUGAUUUAAUGGCUUUUCAAUUUUGUAUUUGAGAACACAGUUAAUUGAAUAAGUGCAUUUUAUAAAUGGAUCUAAGUAAAUGUAAAAAGCCUUUGGAAAUCAGAGGAAGACUGUAAUUCUGGAUUUGAAAUAUUGCUGAUUAAUAGCUCUUUAUUAAUGGGACUUCUGAAGGUUAGCUCUGAAAAAAUUCUCCUGUGUCUCCUCAGCAGUAUUUGUUUCUUGAGCUUACUCCUUGGACUCCCUACAAAGGCCGUAUCAGUGGGCAUGUUUCACAGGGUAUUGCUCAAAAAAAAAAAAAAGAAAGAAAAAAAAAAGGAAAAAAAUAGUCAUGUAGGUUAGGAAAAUGUUUCACUGGUGUGGGAGACAUGAUCCUAAGUGCGCUCUGAGGCUAGGAUGAGGUCAGUCCUUGGAAAUCCAAGGAGUUUAGCCAAAGAGAGCUUGAACCCCACAGAAGCAUUUGUGUGUAGGGUCUUCUGCGUUGUCAGUGACCAUGGAGGGCCAGAGCCCCCUCCUGCCGUACAGCCGGGACUGUCCCAACGAAGGGCAUCAGACAGAGUUGGAUUAGGCCAGACCAAACUUAAUUUGGCCUUUUCGGUAUUUGUUUACAAAAUCGUGUUAGCUGUGAUAGUAUUUGGUUAUGUACCUGUUUUUGCAUUUUUGUAUCUAAUGACCUACUUUAAGUUACUAUUUAUGGUCUUGAAUCUGCAAUUAAAUCUGCGCAGGCGCAGGGGUGUAUCUAAAUCUAAUUGUAGGAUCAUGGCUGUAAGAGUUUCUUAAACAGAUAGUAACGGGACCUCCGUGUGACAGGUGCACCUUGGGAUCAAGCCCAGUUCAAUACUGAAUUUGUAAAUGUAUUUUAUGGAUGUCACUUAAGCAUAUGCACUAUGCAAAGUGCCGAUCUCUUUGGCAUACUAUUAUGUGAAUAGAAGUCCAAAUAAGAUAAUAACUUAAAGGAUAAAUUAUUGUAUUCAUGUUAUUAAACUGAAGCACUUAUAACUUUCUGAGGAAUGACAUUUUGAAUUUAAGAAUACAAGAUUUUCAAUACAUUGACCUGCCAAAUCCUUAUUAAUAUUCAAGUAGUUAUACAGCCAAAAAUCUGAGCAAACUCCAGAAGCUAUACAUUUUUUGUUACUUAUCUAUUUCCAGCAUGACUGUUUUACUUUGAAUAAAUCAAUGAAAAUGCUGCACAUUGUUCUGCCAACUCUCUGCAUAGUUCAAAAUAUUCUCUGAUUUCUUGAGCAAGGUUUUCUGACCAAAAAUUCUGGGCAAUAACCAAAGACUUGGCAAAUCAACUUCAAUCUCACUUAAAAAUGUGCUGUGUAAAAAGCCUUCAGUCAACAUGCCAAGAAACCUGGGCUGCUUGUCUUUUAGCACUUUGUUGUACUAUUGAAACCUCUUCAAAAUGGAUGUUUGGCAUAUAGAUAAAAUACCUUAAAAAUGCAGAAAGAGAGGUUUUUUUUCUUGUAACAACAACUUUACUAUUUGUAUCUUUUGCUGUAAAAUUUCCUAGAUAUAUUCCAGAACAAUGCAGCAUUUUGUCAUUCAGUAUAUCGCUUCAUAUAUCCAUAGCUAUUUACAAUAUGAUCAAUAUUAAAAUAUUUAUUUCACUAUGCAAUAUUAAAAAAGAAAAAAACAAAACUCAUUGAACCAGUGGUGCCUUAUGACCUUUUUAGUCAACUUUUCAGUGUCUCACUAGAAAAAUUAAUAGGCAUUGUUCUUCCGUGCCCUAAUGUAAGAUAGUGCUGAUAGCAGCAUUAGACAGCGUCUGAGCCAAGCCCUGCUGUUGUAACAUGCUCAGUCGGCUAACUUCAGGUUGAGUUAAGUGUAUGGAGGUACUGUUGAAUCAGUCUUUAGGGGAGACCUAAGUGGGAACUGGUCUCCCAGCGGGAACUUCACCCUAAGUUGUUGGUAUGUCUCUGGAAACCUAACCCUUUCCAUGAAGCAGUGUCUCUCUCUGCUCUCCGUACAGUCCAGCUGACUUCAGCAUGGUUGCACAGGUUAUUAGAGGGCUAAAUUUGAUUCACCGCUUGCGUAUAGGAUUUAUUGUGUUUGUUUUAAUGGCGUUGUAGUAGCAACAUUCACACCUCAAACUACCUUUUUAUGUCAUCACUAAGACUUGCAUUGCAUGACAAUGGCCACAGGUGUUCAUUUCUGUGUAAUUCAACUAAGUAAAUAAAAUGGGAUUAACUUUUGUACCAUAUAACAAUUAUUUCUGCUCAAUAUUUUUGAAAGAGAAGCACAUGUUCUAUCUGCACCAGCCACUGGUAGAAGAGGUCACAGCGAUUGAUGGUCAGAGUUGUUACAGGAAACCCAACCUGUGAUUCAGGAAGCACGUAUUUCUGUAAAUGAGCUACUUAAAUAUGGUCGCAAGGUUCUUGUUUAGAAGCCAGGAUUUCCCAGCACUAAAAGAAUCAUGAGAACCAGGUUUUUUUCUGCAGUACUGAACUAUCGAAGAAGUUCCUUAGCUUGUCCUUUAGAAAGCUGGACAGUAGCUUCUACUUGCAGCAGCAGCUGUUUACACGUCACUUGUGGAAGCUGUGCUCUGUUGGAGCAGAGGACCAGGAAACUAAACUGCUAUCAUGUUUCACGUAUAUUGCAGCACAACAAUUUUCUGUGCAAAAAUAUGCAAAAAGAAACUGUACUUUUCCCCUUGGAAACAAAGACUGGAGUUGGAUGAUCAAACUGGGAAUUGUUUCAAGCAGAAGGUCAAGAGAUGUAGACAGAAGGCCAUUCAAUUACGGGACUCUGAAAGGGAGAAGAGUGUUCAUGGAAGUAAAAACCAAUUUGCUGAAGUUUGGUAUCAAUAUUAGAGUACAAAUCAAGAUAAAAUGUGCAUGUACGUAGUAUCUCGUUGUAAUACUGUGAACACUGCUGUCUUACAGUCAUGUGUGAACAGAACCUGUUAUGGCGGUACAUUGACUCUGUAUAAUAUAUAUUGUAUGAACUUUAAUCUGUCAAACUGUAUUCACCAGAAAAUUAAGGAGAAUCUCUUACAUAAAGAUGUUCAGUAACAUGUUCAGUGUAGCUAGUUCACAGAAUGUUUCCUCAUGUACGUAAGGAGAAAAUAGGGACCUUUUCGGUUGUAAGGUGAAACUGUCUGUGCCAGUUAGUUAACGUGUAAAUCUGGAGCAUUGACGAGAAGGGAAGCGUUCAAGGUGUUCAGCAGAAGCAGGACACACGUAUAUGUUCUUAGUUGCUCAGUAUGCAGUUAGGUAGACAGAAUAGGAGAGAAAAAAUGGAAACGGCAUGUCUUAAGAAAGGGAGUAAUACACUUCAGUAUGUUGCCUUUUUGAAAUACAGUUUGUCUGUGAUAAAUGAUCAUAAAGUAAUACAUACAAAGGAAGACACUUUAAAUUUGGACUUCUAAAGCCACAUGACUAUGAAAGGGAGAGGAUCAGAACUUAAAACACAGGCUAAACAGAAAGUAACAUGUUUUUAUCAGAUGCUUAAAGUUUGAGCUUUUUAUAAAGUAUUAGUCUAGUUCUGUGGAUAUUUUUCUGCUUAACAUUUAUUUUGUAUGUGAUUUUUUUCUCCUUAUUUUUCUGUCCUAUGCCAAAUAAAUUUUACUUUUAUUUAA